AUGGAGCUGGCCCCUGACAGCAUGAGCUCUCGGAGUUGGGGAGGGCCCCGUGCCCUGCCGCCGCCGCUGCUGCUGCUGCUGCUGCUGCUGUUGCUGCUGCCGGGCUGGGCCAGCCCCACCUUCAUCAGUGUUAACCGUGGGGUCAGGGUGAUGAAGGGCAGCUCUGCCUUCCUGUUGGGGGAUGACCUGAAGUUUGCCAUCCCCAAGGAGAAAGAUGCUUGCAAAGUAGAAGUCGUGAUGAACGAGCCAAUGACCCAGAGGGUUGGGAAACUCACUCCACAGGUCUUUGACUGCCAUUUCCUUCCUAAUGAAGUAAAGUAUAUUCACAAUGGUUGCCCGAUUCUUGAUGAAGACACAGUGAAGCUUAGACUUUACAGAUUUACUGAGACGGAUACCUUCAUGGAAACCUUUAUCCUGCGGGUCUAUCUCCUGGAACCAGACUGUAACAUCAUCCGUAUGAGUAACAACGUACUGGAGGUGUCCGAAUUCUAUGGCCUGUCCCGAGCCAUUGAUAAGAACGUGCUCAGAUUUGACUACGAGGGGGCGGCCGGCCUGGAGUGCACAGUCAGGCUGGAUCCUGUGCCGGGAAGCCGGCUGCCAGCCCACGGUCAGGUGGUCCUGCCGGAGCCUCGGCCAGAAAAACCUCGUGGAGAUCAGCCGCACAGUUUUUUCCCUGAAUCUCAACUGGGAACAGACCUGAAGUGUCCAGGUGGAAGCUGUAGCCUGGGCCUGAAGAAAGCAGGAAGUUUCAAAGUGAGCUGUGAGGAGUUCCUGCUGAUGGGGCUUCGUUACCAACACACGGACCCCCCUUCUCCCAACAUUGAUUACAUCUCCAUCCGGCUGGACCUCACAGAUGGCAGGAGUAAAAUCGUAUACAAGUCAGAGAGUGCGUGGUUGCCCGUCUAUAUCAGAGCCGGCAUUCCUAAUCAGAUUCCAAGGGCUGCGUUCAUGGCCAUGUUCAUUCUGGAAGUGGAUCAGUUCAUCCUGACCUCUUUGACCACAGCCGUUCUGGACUGUGAAGAGGAUGAGACGCCCAAGCCCUUGCUGGUGUUCAACGUUACUAAGGCCCCACCCCAGGGCUACGUGACUCAUCUGUGGGAUCACACCAGACCCGUCUCCUCGUUCACCUGGAAAGAUCUAAGCGACAUGCAGAUAGCCUAUCAGCCGCCAAACAGCAGCCAUUCUGUGAGGAGACAUUACGAGGUGGAGGUGGAGGCUUACGACUUCUUCUUUGAGAGGAGCGCACCCAUUACAGUCCACAUCUCCAUCAGAACAGCGGAUACGAAUGCCCCGCGAGUGUCCUGGAACACAGGUCUGAAUCUUCUGGAGGGGCAGUCUCGGGCCAUCACUUGGGAACAGUUUCAGAUUGUUGACAAUGAUGACAUCCGUGCUGUCCAGCUGGUCACCGUGGGUGGCCUGCAGCAUGGACAGCUUACAGUAAGAGGGGGGAAAGGAUUUCUCUUCACUGUGGCUGACCUUCAGGCUGGAGUUGUUCGCUAUCAUCAUGACGACAGUGACUCCACCAAAGACUUUGUGGUCUUCAGGAUAUUCGAUGGCCAUCACAGCAUCCGCCAUAAGUUUCCCAUCAACAUUUUGCCCAAAGAUGACAGUCCCCCGUUCCUCAUAAACAAUGUAGUAAUUGAACUGGAGGAGGGACAGACCAUACUGAUCCAGGGUUCCAUGCUGAGAGCAUCAGAUAUGGACUCCAGUGAUGACUACAUCUUCUUUAAUAUCACAAAACCCCCUCAGGCCGGAGAGAUCAUGAAAAAACCAGGGCCGGGGCUGAUAGGCUAUCCUGUCCCUGGCUUCCUUCAGAGGGAUCUGUUUAAUGGCAUCAUUCACUAUCGUCACUUUGGUGGAGAGAUCUUUGAAGACUCUUUUGAAUUUGUCCUGUGGGAUAGCCAUGAACCUCCAAAUCUCUCAGUGCCACAGAUGGUGGACCAUCCACAUUACUCCAGUGGACGACCAGCUUCCAAAGGAGGCUCCUGGAGUUUCUCGGCAUUUGGUUGUCAAGGAAACUGAGGUGGCCUACAUAACUAAGAAGCAUCUAUAUUUUAUAGAUACAGAAUAUGACAGGGUAUCUCAUCUACACAGUGACAACACCCCCAUCUUUCUCUUUCAGCCACAGGCAUCUGGAUGCUGGGAAAUUAUUUAUGGUGGAUAGUAUUCCAAAGCUAACCAAAAACCCUGCAGCCCCGGGGCUGAGAUCAUUCACUCAGCAUGCUGUGAGCUACAUGAAAGGGCCUACAUGCCACCCAUGCAAGACAUAGGCCUCCAUCCGGGACACGUCCAGUUUGCACUUUCUGUCAGUAACCAGCACGGGGGCACUUUGCAUGGGAUCUGCUUUAACAUCACGGUUCUUCCAGUGGAUAAUCAAGUUCCUGAGGUAUUUACCAACCCCCUGAGAGUGGCUGAGGGAGGUCACUGUGUCAUCAGCACAGAGAACAUUCUGGUUUCUGAUGUGGAUACCCAACUGGACAACAUCUACCUCUCCCUACAGAGACUGCCUCAGCAUGGAAGGGUGGAGUUGGAUGGGUUUCCUCUAAACCCAGGAGGCACAUUUUCUUGGGGAGAACUCCAUGCCUUAAAAGUUAGGUUAGAACAUUUCCUGGAUUUUUUUUUUCUUUACAUGCUUUGGCCUUCAUCUGGAUCAGUUGUGAGGCAGAGUAAGAGGAAGAAGUUUUCUAAUUUUUUGUGGGGGGUGGGGUACCAGCAUGCCAGUGAAUACUUUCAAGGGUCAGUUGAAAGCGAGAAAUGACAAAUUUUAAUUUCCCUCCAGACAUUUUCUUUCCAUCUGGCUUGCUGUACCGGUGGGAAUGACUUUAUGGAUAUUUGAGACACAGAAAUUAGUUACCAUGAAUAUUAAAUUUGCUGCAACUGUACAUAUCACAAGAGGUGAUAGCCAAACUGGAUGAGUAUAGACUGAAAUAAUCUAUAUGGCCAAACUACAUAGUUGAACUUGGCUUUAAGGAGUGUCAGUUUCAUAAGACUGGAAACUCUGGGAUAGAAUUCUGUUGAUCAGUAUCUUCAGUGUAAAUUUUUAUUUCAUUGCAGUCAAAUAUGUGGGAUACACCAGGGAGGCAGGGCAUGGAGUGAUCCUUGGGUCUCUGACAGUUAGGGAUAGAGCAGCUUGUGUCUUUCUUUCUUCCUUCCUUCCUUCCUUCCUUCC